AUGCUGAGGAGAAAUUCUUCUGCUCCACCAGUCACUAGACGACCAUCAAUGAACUCCGACUCAUCUUCAACUACAAUUAUCAAAUUCCCAUUUUUGGGGAAAGUGGAGAUUAGAAAAACUGCUAUGGUCACACCUCUCUCGCCAUCCAGAACCUCUAACCUUGAGCGUACCGCCUCUAGAAGCGUCAAGUAUCAAGUAGCCCCUCCGGAAAGAAAAAGAGCACAGUCAGUGUCUCGCUUAACCACCACAGAGAAGACUGCGACCCCAGUUACUACACCAAAACAAAUCCAUGGCUCUCUGAACAAUCUCAAGGAUGAGAAUCUUUACAAGUACUAUCCGGAUCCUCCACAAAAAGACCAUUACAUGAAGGUAAAGGAACUGGGUUACUGCAAAAACAAGCUAGUGAGAUUUUUUCUCAUGCAGAACACCCAAUGUCCAGACUGGGUCUUAGUCCAGAAGACCAUUCCAGUCGGCUUGGUGUCAACGAGAUUGAAGGAUGGAGUUCAUGUUGUUGAUGAAUUCCGACUACACAUGAAACUGAGUGAACUCCAACAUCCAAAUAUUCUCAAAAUGUUUUCCAUGAAAACCAUGGAAUUCUUCCACGAGUUGCGAAUGGAAUACGUCGAUGGCGGAAGUCUGAAAGACCAACUUUGCAAGAAUGCAUUCUUCACAGAACCCCAUGCGAGGGAGAUUUUCACUCAGCUCAUAGAUGCUGUGGCUUUCCUUCACAGAAGAAACAUUGCUCAUUUCGACAUUCAUCCAGGCAAUAUUUUUGUCACGCAAACAGGAAUCGUCAAGGUCGGAGGCUUUUGGAGGGCUCAGAUGUGCUUUGACAAAUUUGGGAAAAUCCCCCAAACAUACGACGGAGUACGGGGACACAAAGCUUACGCAGCUCCUGAGUGCUACAGAAAAAGAAAAACUGCAAGAUAUUUGGCACCACCUGUGGAUAACUGGGCAUGUGGAAUUGUACUGCUCACAAUGUUGACUAACAAUCUUCCAUGGCUCAAAGCAGAGAACGCCAAAAAUCCAUCAUCGGCUAUUCGUCGUGUGGCAAGCAACCCAAAUUGGAAGCAAUAA